AAUCGAUCCCAGUGCCAUUAGUAUGUGCAUUGUUGUGCCCCGGACAGUCACGGGCACUCAAUCAUAUACCCAUGAGCCUAUGUCCUGACCGCAAAGUGAACAUAUGGAGGAAAAAAAGGAGGCUAGAUUCCAGCACGUGACGGAACGUGCACAACGUGUGCGUUUAUGCAUCUCCUGGGGUUUUAACACUUUGCUGCCACGAUGUGCAUCGCCGGAAAUGAUUUUGGGAGCCUUUUCCAUGACGAUUCGUCACGGAGGCGACAUUUGUGGCAAGCGUCAAAAUCGAUCAUGUCAAUUAUGAAGUGUCGGCUCAUCGUACGGGUUCAUCCCUUCCGGCGCUUCAUCUAAUUGCCAAUCGACAGAUCAAUCGAUUGUGCGGUGCUGAUUGGCUGAUGGGAAAACUCAUUCAUCACCACAGCAAAGAGAGCAACGGUAAUCGUUUCCGGUGUGUAGAAUACGGCCCUUAAAAGGAUUCUAACCCUCUAUCCGGAGAUUCGUUUCGACGCUCCGUUGUUAUGAAGAGUCGCGGUGUCUUUUCAAUGUCAUGUUACUACCGUGUCGUGUUGAUUGAAAUCCACGUCCUUACGGUUUCGGAAAAGCAAUUGGAAAAGGAUUUUGUAUCACCCAUAGUAUACAACUGUCCUCGAUACGCUUCAUAAUCGAUGUUGCCUUUUACAUUUGCAUUCAUUACCAUUAACCCCCCUCCCGUACCUUGGAACCCUGCAAGGUUUCCUUUGAAAACAAGUCGAAUUAAUCCCCAUCAAGAGGAACGUUUAAUCGUUGCAGAUCGUUCAGGGAAAAAGCUACAAAUUGUCCCUAUUUUUAAACGCUUUUUGACGUUUAUUUUUAUCACACGGAAACAGUUUCUGGAAUGGUAGAGCAUUCGAUUGUUGGCAUGGUUCGGAGUAUGGGCAAGUCAAUUAAUCUACUGGCGGACAACAGUGGUUAGCGUAUGAACAUUUACAUGUGUUUUUUCCGAUUCUACUGAUGAAGGCGAUGAGGCUUUUCAAUUAAUGACCCACACAGAUGCGACAUUCUCAAAGGAAUUAAUGAUUAACUUUUGCUACAAAUUCAUGGGAAGUGAAUUGAUUAAUUGUGUACAAACCGCUAGUUGACAUUUUAUUUCAACUGUCCUUUUUAAUUAAUUACAAAUUAUUCGUUUUGUUGUGUAUAACAUGUGUUAAACAUGUUCAAGUUUAAAAUUUGUGUCCAAACAAUUAAAACUUUAAAUGACAAAUGCUUGAAGGACAUCAGAGCACCAAGGAUGACUUUUACACCCACAUUGUCGCUAUAUGAAGCCAACGUUUUAGAACAACUACAAUGAUACACGACGAAUAGUAUGAUAGUAGCGUAGGAGAUACCACAGAAACGCUGCUAUACAAAUACAGAAAUCAAUCAAAAGAAGUUAAUACUCGGUGACAGGAGCGGUAAAAUAUUCGCACACCGCAUUACGAUCGGCUCCCAUAGCCGAACGCGUGUGACCACUACGCUUGCCAUAUUCCCGUGCGAACCGAAAGUGGAUCAUCAUCAACACCAACUGCAUUUGAUUGCACAAGAACGAAGGAAGUAGGUACCGGCAAAAGUGUAUUCCCAUUUCCCCGUGCUCUGGCCGGCCGUGUGUUUGUGUUCUCCCUUCUAUCCCUUCGCGCAUAAUUGUAUACGGCACCCGGCAGUAGGAAAAGAUAAGGCACGAAAGUUUUCCCACCCGAAAACUGGGAAUACGGAAAACAUUCCUAUGGGAAACGAAGGAGCAUCUUGUGUGUGAAAGUGUGUGCGUUUUUUUUUUCUUUAAUUCGUGCUAACUACUAAAACCACGCCGUACGGUGUUCAUGUGCGAAAGAGAAAAUGGUGGCGUUAGCCGUUGAUUGACAUCGUUUCGGUUUGGUGAGUGUGAGCUCUGUUGCGAGUGAAAUAGCUCACAUCCGUGUAUGUGAGCCGGCUCAUUAGGAGCAAGUGAGAACGCGUGUACGCAUCAUUCGCAUCCAUCAAACGCAUUACCUUUUGGCUACAGCAGUAGUGUGAAGUGGUUUUGGGAAAAGUAAACAAGAAGCAAUCAGUCGAGUGUUUUCCGUGUACGCGAUGCAGUAAAACCCCCGAAAAGCUAGGCAAGUUUCGAUCGAAGUGACGCAGCAAACAACAAGUGAGAACGCAGCAAUCAUCAGCGGCGUGUAAUCAUCCCGACGGGUGUGUUAAUAUCAUUUUCAUUCUCCCCCUGUUCUCCGAUACACACGCAAUCGACGACGAGACCGUGUGUGUAUGUGGUAAAUUGUAAGUGAAGUUCUCGCUCAGUCUCGAUCGCUCGAUGUGAGGAUCGUGGCCACAAAACAAGUGCUACGAACGCCAGGAACGCCAGGCACCAUCGCCGGCUGUGUUUCACGUGGGAUUCAUGUUGUUGUUCGGGUCGCUACAUCACUAUAGCUUUUAUGAGAUAGAUCAGUGAUUCAAUCACAAUAGCAGCACAACACAUGGUAGUUAAUGUUUGAACAGAACUUUAAAUUCAAAGCUAUGAAGCUUCUUCUAAGGCACUUCAUCGCCAGCGAUAUUCCCCUCAAAAUUUACUGUCGUAAUGAACGCUUUAAGAUGAACGAGAUGAACGCCCAUUCAAAGGCACAAAAGAGAUGGCUAUAUCGGACAGGCAGAGAAGAGGAAAAGAGAAAGAACAGAACAUUCGGCCACAGUUCGGAACAAGUUCGUUUGUUUCGCGAUGCCGACGCAGAGGCUCGACCCUUGGCUUCCAUCGGUUUGCGUACAUCGAAAGCGCAAAACAUCGAAUAAACUUGAAACCAUCAUCGAGCAUGUAAGGUGUGCUAUUGUUGUACGAAUCGUCCGGUGAAGGGAUUGCGCGUGUGACGAUUGCAUUCUUCCACAAGCGAGCGUUCGAGCCGUAUCGCGUUGUGGCGCAAACGACAACAGUGGAUUGAAAAUCGGGAAAUCGUUUUUUAAUCGAUCAUUAGUGAAACAUUCAAUUCAAAAAAAAAACACACUAAAGCACACUACACUCUGUGUGCGUGGCGUCGUGUGUAAAAGAGGUGCGUGAGUUCUGGCGCGCUGGUAUCGCAGCAGUAAAUGGAAGUGAAAUUAAAUUUGCCUCAUUAAGGGGGGUUGAUUGGAUUUUACCAGAGCAGUUCCGUUGUGAAGCGUGAAAAUUCCGACCAUAGUGUCCAAUCCAUUCCGUCCCAGUUCGACGAUGGUUCCGUGCCAUAUCCUGUUGGGCAUAGUGCUGUGUCUUGCCAUCUAAUUUCCCAGUUCCAACGCAAGUUGAUGUUCUCGAGCAUCGAGCGUUGCAAAUUGAAGAAAAGAAGUUUGCUAGUGAAGUGUAUAAAUGUGUUAAUCGCGAUUCGAUAUUAAAUCAAACACGAUCGAUCAAAGGUGUGAGCGGGAAGUAAAGUUGCAGUACUGCAAAAGCAGUGAGAUUUGAAAUACGUCCGGAGGAUUACAAAGACCAUGACCAUGUCGCAUUUACUGAAGCAAACGAAAAAAUGCUGUGCGAAGAUAAUUCGCAAACUGUCCUUCAAUCCGGCCACUACUACCAACGGAGGCAGUGCGGCAGAUCAGUCACCCACCAACAAUGGUCAUGGAUUGAACAAUCGCAUCACGGCUAAAUACGUCCUGCACAAAAACUGUACCCCGACCCGGUGUAAGGUUCAACCCAGGGACACCAGCGUCGUGGACGAUGUUGCUGUGGAAGGUUGGAUGGAAACGCGAAUGGCGCAGGAUACGGGAUUCUAUGCGCUUGGUGACGGAGGCUCUCCAAAUCCCUCGCCACCGCCCAUUCCCGAGACGCAAAACAACUACAAGCUGAGUCGAAGCAUGAAGAAUCUUCCCAAGAAGCGCACCAACAUCACGAGCAACAAGAACGUGAAUCUCCGCAAGUGCUUUCGGCUGCGGUCGAAAACUUUCGACGGGCCGCUAACGGAGGGCGAAUCGGUGAGGACGACGUCGGAAACACUAGGAAGCUCUCCCUCGAUCGUUCAGGCCGGUGCAGGCGAACGGCGGGAAGUAGUGGUCGCCGACUCGAUGACCCUGGCGAGUAAUAAUAGUAGUAGUAGACUGAUUGGCGCUAAGCUGGAUAAGAUCAGCAAGAGCCUGAUGGGUGCUGGUGAUGGGGAAGGAUCGCUGGACAUUGCGAAACCACUGUUCCUGUCCGCGAGCAAACACCGGCGCAGUAACUACAACCACAUCGAAGGUGACGACGAGGACACGGCGAGAGAUGUCGAUGGUGAGGGUCAGCACGUCCAUGCACGUUGGAGACAGGAUGAAGAGCUCGUACUAACGUCUGCGUCCAGUACCACCACGCUGGGAAGGAGAGAACAACGCUUAGAACAAGAAACGACCCUGUCGACGAUGGUGGAGGAGGAUCCCGUUGCGCGGACUCCCUCGGUCAUGGAGCGACUAACCGUUGCUGAAACGGCUGCUGCUCUUCUCUUCGAGAAGGUUAAGUAUGACCGCACCAAGCGCUAUUUGAUCGAUCAGCUUACGGACGGUACUGGCGAUCGUGGUGGCGGUACACCGAGCUCAUCAUCCUGCUGUUCGUCCCCGUUCCAUCUGGCGAAAAGUGAGGACUUUGUCGACCCGUGGAAGAACUACAACAUCCGUGGAGGUGCCAGCUGGGACAAGGUGUCCAAGAGUCCUUGGGAUUCUUCCGCCAAACCGAGCCCGGUUCGUGGCGAUGUCUGUAAGGCGCCUUUAACGGUCCAAACGUCCCUGGACGUCCCUCAGCAACAGCAACCCCAACAGCAGACCGUUCCCGCAUACCAACCAAUGCGUACCCACUGGAACCCGUUCGAGUACUCGCCAGCCCAUCUGGCACGGCUUACUGGUGGUGGUGGUUCCCAGCAGACACCACCUCCCCACCACCAGCAGUACCGACCUGCGUUCCAGGUGCAAACGGACGUUUGGGAAAAUCUCAACAGCAAGCACUACGAGAUCGACACGGAUGUGGUGUGGCGAUCGACACGCUGCUCUUCCCGGCGUACCAGCGCCAGCACGGUGGAGACCUGGAUCGACGACGAAACGUUCGACAACUCGUUCAACGAGGAGCUGGAACGGCGUUGUGCUACACUCAAGAUCUGUGAGUGAGUUACCACAGAAUACCGUGCGUGUGUGUGUGUGCGGCAAGCUCUGACAUCCGAUUCCGUCCAGAGUGGACCACCUCGCGAGAGUAUCACUCCUUCUCUUCCACUUAUACCUGGUGGAAGAUUGUUUGAAGUGAGUGGUGUGUGUGUGUAUCUCGGAAGCUCCGCCACGCCAUCAUCAUCGUCAUCAUACACUCUAAAGGCAAUAUUAGAUAGCAGCACGCUGGUCUCCACAGUGCGGGACAGGGGUGCCAUCCAAGAAACAGAAAGGAAGGAAUGGGGUUUCUUACACAAUAAUUAUGUUGUAUGUUUUUUUGUGAUAUAGAGUACAGUGCGCGCGGUUUUUCUUCUUCUGUUUAGAGUUGUGCUUUAAUUAACUUUUAACACGCCAGGUUUACAUUUAAUAUUUAAAGCAGCGUUUAGUGAACAGGCGAAAGUGAUAGUAAUUUAAUGCUAAAUUAAGUAUUCAGGAACAUGCGAAGAGGUAAAGCGAGUACAUUCUUAUCAUUGAACCUCGUUUCAUAUCAAAUAGUGGAACAUGACCAUGACAUAUUUCCCCAUAUCAAUCGGGAAUUACAUUGUCUUUCAUUUCAUAUCCACUACAGCGCGAUGGAACGCAUUAUCCCCGCAAAAGAAUUUAAAUGAUUCACUUUCACUUGAUCCUUAAACGCCGUGUAAACGCUGCUUCACCAGUGUGUGUGUGUAAAUAAUCGAACUUACCGCAUUGAUUAGUGUGCGUAUUGUUUUACUAAUGCGUAAGAAGCCUUUACCAACAACCUUGUCAUAUGCAAUCAGGGAAGUGAUAGAGAAGCAAAUCAGACGGCCAUAGACAGUUGUGAGGAUGGAGUAAGAACAGAACCGAGGAAAUGCAUAUUCGUACCCCGGUUAAUUGCGAAAACGUGAAGCUUUAAUUAGUCUUUGUAUUCGGUAUGCGAUUAGUUUCAUUCUUUUUAUUCGUCUACCAACAAUCACACGCACAUACUUCUGAAGAUGGGGAUAGAAAGGCACAAGAAAAACACACACACCAUCUAAUCACUGAUCGCACCUGAAGAGAUUAGGGGGAAAACAACAAUCAAAUCAAAGCGUCCAUUAAACGACGGCCUCUCGACGGGAUUGAAAGGCAAUCGGACGUGAAUUAGAAAACAUUUACAGCACGGAAAGAAGGAAGCGUUAUUAUUAAAGGGAUCAAGUUGCCCCCCCGUCUCCCCCCCGGGGCAGGGGAUAAUUAUCGGGAAGCUAAGGCGACAGCCCGAAACGAACGAAGUACAAAGCGACUGUGAAGUGUGCGAUUAGAUCGAUCUUAGUAGUCCAUUCGGAAGGUGCAUGAAUGUGUCUGUGUAACUGUGUUUGUGUUCCUACACAAGAAGCAUUGGAUGCUUGAUCUCAUCAGUUUGAUCCGUUCAGAAACCUGUUUACCGAGGGACGGUUCUGAUAGUGUUCGUGAGAAAGAAGACGAAAAUGAGAAGAACGAACCGCAUUUGAGAAGAAAGCGAGUGUGAUUAUGAUCUUCUUCUAUUAACUUGAGAGAAAAUAAUAAUAAUGGUGAUUAUAAAUAUAAAAAAAACCAUGAGCAAAUGGUGCGAAAAUUAAUAUAAAGUUGUGUGCAUUGAUUUUUUGCUGAUAUUACAAUAAUACAGAUAGUUGUUCGUUGCCGUUUUAUCCUUUCCAGUAUGCUCAAUUUCGCGAGAGAAGUCUCAUCAUUCGUCUCACCUUUCAUUUUUACCGUACCCCGGCGCAAAAGAGGCUAACAACAUUCCCGUUUGCAUGAAUCACGACCGAUUUCUUGGGGCUCUUUGGGCUGCGCGAUGCACAGAUAUAUAUGCCCCCCCUCCCACCCACCAACGGAAUGCAUUUCCCCAUUCCUUUCUUUCCCUUCCCUGCUAACCUACAAACGAGUUUCAGCAUCAACUCGGCUGAAUGGUGGAAUGUGACCGAACGAGAUUCUUUUUCCAAAAGCAACAACGUUGUAAACUGUCUUGGGAAACGGCAAUUUGAUCGUUUCUCAUGCCAUGUUCUGAAGGUCUCCAAUAAAGGUCAUGCCCGGUAUCUACGGCUACCAGAAUCGUAUAAAUGCACGCAAGAGUAAUAAAAUAAUACUUGUUUAAUAUCGCUAUAUUUGUUAAUUUUCCCUUUUUAGCAGCUUACUAUAGUAACAGAAAGAAAACAUCGCAUUUAAAAUUAUUUUUCAGCUUUUGGGAAUAAAAAGAAUAACAAAUAAUAACAAAGUAAACAAAAAUCUGUAAAUUUGCCUACCUCCUAAUGCUAUAGU